CGCCCGCGGGGACUUGCAAAGUUUCUCUUUGCAAUUUUUAAACGCUGUUACUACUUCAAACGGGUAUUCCAGUGAAUUGGGACUGACUGCACGUCGAUACAUUCACGAUGCCCAAGGUUCAGAAGGGAAAGCGCAAUAAUGCGCGUGAGGAUGCUGCUGCAAAGACAAAGGCUGCCCACAGUAUCUUCAAGAUGAACACAGAUAUCGGCCAGCACGUGUUGAAGAACCCCGGUAUUGCUGAACAAAUUGUCCACAAGGCCGACCUCAAGCAGAGCGAUAUCGUUCUCGAAAUCGGUCCCGGUACUGGUAACUUGACUGCAAAGAUUCUCGAAAAGGCCAAGAAGGUCAUCGCGGUGGAGUUGGAUCCUCGAAUGGCUGCCGAAGUCACCAAACGUUUCCAGGGCACUCCGGCUCAAAAGCGUCUGGAGGUCAUUCUUGGAGACGUGAUGAAGACGGAGCUUCCAUACUUUGAUGUCUGCAUCAGUAACACGCCUUAUCAGAUUUCUUCCCCUCUCACAUUCAAGCUACUCGCCACAACGCCCGCUCCUCGUACUUGUGUUCUCAUGUUCCAGCGUGAAUUCGCUCUGCGUCUAUUCGCCAAGCCCGGCGACAAACUUUACAGUCGACUUUCCGUCAACGCCCAAAUGUGGGCCAAGAUCGAUCACAUCAUGAAGGUCGGCAAGAACAACUUUAAGCCCCCACCAUUGGUCGAGUCCAGCGUCAUUCGCAUGGUGCCCAAGGUCCCGAGGCCGCAGAUCAACUAUGAGGAAUGGGAUGGUCUGUUGCGUAUCGCCUUUGUGCGUAAGAACAAGACACUACGGGCCAGUUUCAUCGGUACGCCCACCAUCAUGAACAUGCUUGAGCAGAAUUACCGCACGUGGUGUGCCCAGCACGAUAUCCCAGUGGAGGACGGCCCCGUCGAGGAUGCCGAGGGUGAUGUCAUGGAUAUGGGCCAGGAGCAGGAGGAGCAAGGCGAGGAGGAGCCUGCGGAUGAGGUCAUGGAAAUGGACGACGAUGACGAUGUCCCCGAUUUCUUCAAAGAAGAGGCCAACGCCCGCAUCCAACAAGCACUCAGCAAGCCCCAGCGCAAGAAGCGAGGCAAGGUCUCGGAGUUGGUGCGCGAGAAGGUGCGCCAGGUGUUGGAGGAUGAGACCGGCCUGGCUGAUAAGCGCGCCAGAAUGUGUGAUGAGAACGAGUUUUUGAAGUUGCUGUGGGCAUUCAACCAAAAGGGCAUCCACUUCAACUGAUUGAAACCCCGUCUCUGUAGCUUGCGCGAAUCCACCCACCCACAUACCCCACCGGGCCAUCAAAAAUUCGAAGGAGGGCCGGAAAUAGAAUGAUGAAUUAUGAUUACUAUCAAUAAAAGAUACCAUUUUCAGGAGGCUCGUUCCCAGUCGGUCGAAGAUGAGCGCGUGAGUCCUGGAAUAAGCUCUGCCAGAUGAAAGCUUCGCUCAGUAAGAGCUCGAUAUCUUUCUCCGUCCAGUCCUUCGUCGGCAAUGCUUGGAGAAACAUCAUAACCUCCUAUGUACAUUUAUUAGCUUCUGGAUUGGAAGGUUUCUGGGCACUUUAGAGGAGAAAUGCUCACCUGGAAAU